AUCUGCGAGUUCAGAGUCUCCUCUCUCUCUCCCUCUCUCUCUCUCUCUCUCCACAAACACCAAUAAGAAUGACAUAAACUCCGCUGCUCCCCCCUAUUUUAGGGAAACACAAUUUUAGUGAGAUUUCCUCGUACUGCUGCUCCAACAUAUAUAGAAACCCCCCACCCCAAGACCAGAGAUGAGUGAGAGAAGAAGAGUCCCUUCCCUCCCCCUCUCCCAUCAAUCUCAUCACUAACCCUAUUUUUGUAAACAGUGUCUCUCUCUCUCUCUCUCUCUCUCUCUCUCUCUCUCUCUCUAAGCACAAAUCUUCUCUCUCUAGUAAAAGCCUAAAUGGGGAUUUCCAUUUACAACUGAAAGUUGUCUGAGUCUCAUGAUCUCAUCAGCUCUAUAAGAAUCAAGAUCAUGCAUCCUAGAUCUCUUCAGCUGAAGGAAAUGAAACCCUAGAAGAAGGAAAAACCGUAAUCUCCCCUUCUCCCUCUCUCUCUCUCUCUCUAGAAGAAAAUGGAACCCUAGAAGAGUAAAACACUCCAUACCCCUUCCAAAAAAAAACCCUACUCCCCCACAAGAUCCAAGACCGCAAACCCAAAAAACAGUAGCCAUGGAUUCGCUACCAGAUAUAGGAGGAGAGAGUUCCAAUUCCGAAAACACCGGAAACAACAAUUCCUUAACCUUAGCUGGAAACAGCUCAGCCUCUUCCUCAUCGGCAACCCCGAGCCGAUACGAAAACCAGAAACGCAGAGACUGGAACACCUUCGGCCAGUACCUCAAGAACCACCGCCCUCCGCUCUCCCUCAACCGCUGCAGCGGCGCCCACGUGCUCGAGUUCCUCCGGUACCUGGACCAAUUCGGAAAGACCAAAAUCCACACCCCUAUAUGCCCCUUCUACGGGCACCCGAACCCGCCUGCCCCGUGCCCCUGCCCGCUCCGUCAGGCUUGGGGCAGCCUCGAUGCUCUCAUCGGCCGCCUCCGGGCGGCCUACGAGGAGAAUGGAGGGAAGCCCGAGGCAAACCCGUUUGGGGCUCGAGCCGUGAGGCUUUAUCUCCGAGAGGUGAGGGAUUUGCAGUCUAAGGCCAGAGGGGUUAGUUACGAGAAGAAGAAGCGGAAGCGGCCUCCGCCGUCUCAGCCUCCGCAGCUGCAGCUGCCGCCGCCUCCCGGUGCAAUCUGAAUCCCUGGUCGCUAUAUCUAUGAUGAUCGGCGAGAAAAUCGGUACGUACCCAUAAUCUUUUCCUAGAGAAAAUAUACAGAAAAAGUGCAGGAUACUUGACGUCCGCAGAUUCAAAGCUGGUGUGAUGUGAGUCUUACCUGGAAUAAUAAAUUUGGUCUGUAUCGUGGGCAAAUCUUUGGGUAUUUUUCUUCUGGGUAUGUGGUAUUAAAGCUGGUUUUCUUUGUUUCUGUCCUCUCUAGAUGUCUUCUCUCUCUUUUAGUAACUUUAUCUGAAGUUGGGUAGUAGCCAGGAUGAACUCUUUUUCAGUGGUUAUGGGUACUGUUUGGCAUCAGAGAACUAGGAGUUAAUUAGAUCUGGGAAAUCUUGGAUUCAGCUUUUGUUGCAAACAGUAGUACUAGUAGUAUUUUAGUUCUGGAAGUUAGUAGUUGUAUUUAAAAAAUGUACUUGGAAGUUAUGAUCUGUUAUGUGAAUGAAACUCAUGAGCAUGUCAUUGCUUCUCUCUCAUGAUGUACUUGAUGAUGAUCACUGGAGAGUAUAAUUUAUUUCUAAUUAGCAGCAGUACAUAUUCAAAA